UCGGAAUCACAAAGAAUCAUCGUGAGUUAUUCUGUGUGCAGUGAGCAGUGUAUAGGUGUUGGUGUUGAGGCAGCUAAGACAGAAUGGGCUGGAAGACGUGUGUUGUAUUGGCAGUGGCUGCCUACAUUGCCUACAAGAGCGUAGACACAUUUGACCCAGAUUCACUCAAAGGCAAACGAGUUGUCAUAACUGGAGCUAGUUCCGGCAUCGGAGAGCAAACGGCAUAUCACUACGCCAGAUUCGGCGCAAGGAUACUCAUCACAGCAAGGAGAGUCAAACUUCUCAAACAGGUUGUGGCGAGGUGCAAGGAGCUAGGAGCUGCAGAUGUGUCUUAUGUCCCUCUUGACAUGUCCAAACAUGAGGAUUCCAAGGUCCUGAUUGACGAGGCUAAGAAGAGAUUGGGUGGACUCGAUCAUCUCAUCCUAAAUCACAUCAUCAAUAAUAAUCCAGGGUUCUGGAAAGGGGACUACGACUACGUGCUUAAUAAGACCAUGGAAAUUAACUUCCACGCCUAUGUGAGGAUAGCAACGUACGCAUUACCGAUGCUUUCAAAGAGUGCUGGCAGUAUUGGAGUAGUGUCGUCUGGGGCGGGAAAAUUCGGAGUACCGUUUGUUGCCGUAUACUCAGCUUCCAAAUUUGCUCUACACGGAUUCUUCGAUUCACUAAGGCAGGAAUUGAACAUUCAGAAUAUCAACGUAUCGAUUUCUACAUUCGUGCUUGGGGGAAUUAACACUACGCGUGCCACUGAAGAAUGGUCAGUAUUUGAAAGGUCCGGGUUUACCGCCUCGCCGUCCGCCACUGCUCUGCGCAUCGUCACCGGGACCAGCAACCGUGAACGAGAGGUGCACUACCCGCGAUCGGUUGCCGUAUUCUCGCUACUCAGGGACGUUGCUCCGUCCUUUGUGGAAUGGAUGGUUAGUUUUUCUCUAAACCAGGAACAUGUGCAAACACUUUUAAAGAACACUAAGUAGAUAUUAGGUCCAAUACAAUUAUUUAAUGGGAGACAAUUAUUUAAUGCAACGCUGGUGUCAGCAGACUUAGUAAUUUUCCACAGACCUUAUCGCAAAUGCUCGGUACGCUGAGCGUCAAAUCAGUUAAUUGUAGCCAUCACCUUGAAGCAGUCGUCUGGCCUUGUGGCGGUAGGAAAUCUUUCAUUGAAACCCCCCCCCCAAAAAAAAAAACAAAAAAAAAACAAACAAACAAACAAACAAACAACAACAACACACAAAACAAUUCGAAACCAAAUAAACUUUAAAAGCGACGUACAAUUUUGUUUUACACACUUCAGAAGUUAUUCAGGAGAACUGUUUUAGCCUAAUAAUUUGCGCAUUAAAACAAUAAACGAAAAAUUUAUAUCACUUUCUUAUUUUCUUUUGC